AUGAGAGAUGCCAAAGGAGCCCAGCGGAGGAGGAGGAGGAGGCUGUAUUCACUGGACAACAGUCGCCCUUUGUUGCGGAUUGGAUCAACUGGAGUUGAUUGGAUGAAAAGGAACAGGGGCGGAUUUGAGCGAUAUACAAAGCAGAAUUGGCGGUAUCAAAGUAGAAAAUUUCUGCUACCGCCACCACGUUUAAUUUGGCUUCAUUUUUAUUUUGCAGAUCAAAAUCGAACAUUUCCACCACUAAAGCCUAUAGUAGCAGUUGCUGGAGCUUCUAUUUUUUUGGCAUUUUGUCUGUAUGUGGGGAAUGUUGUGGUGGCAUCAACUCCCCUAUCCCGACGCCAGUAUCUUCAACGUAGAAAUGGGCUCACAGGUAUUACUAUGGACAAAUCUGUUGAGUUCUCAUAUGAAGAGCUUGCAAUAGCUACUGAUGACUUCAGCCUAAAUAAUAAGAUUGGGCAAGGUGGCUUUGGAUCUGUUUACCAUGCAGAAUUACGAGGAGAGAAAGCUGCAAUUAAGAAGAUGGAUAUGCAAGCAUCUAAAUUAUUUCUUUCUGAACUGAAGGUUUUAACCAAUGUUCAUCACUUGAACCUGGUUCGCUUAAUAGGAUAUUGCGUUGAAGGCUCCUUAUUCCUAGUUUAUGAGUAUAUAGAGAAUGGCGACUUAAGUCAACAUCUGCACAGCUCACGAAGGGAUCCAUUGCCGUGGUCUACUAGAGUGAACAUUGCAUUGGAUUCUGCAAGAGGACUUGAAUACAUCCAUGAGUAUACCGUUCCAGUCUACAUCCACCGUGAUAUUAAAUCAGCAAAUAUACUAAUAGACAAGAACUUCCGGGGAAAGGUUGCAGAUUUUGGGCUAACAAAAUUGACUGAAUAUGGAACUGCUUCGCUGAACUCAAGUCUUGCGGGUACAUUUGGAUACAUGUCUCCAGAAUAUACUCAAUAUGGUAAGAUUUCCCCAAAGAUAGAUGUUUAUGCUUUUGGAGUUGUCCUCUUUGAACUAAUAUCGGGCAUGGAGGCAGUGGGACUUGUUGCUUUGUUUAAAAAUGUGCUUAGCCGGCCUGAUCCAGGAGAAUAUCUUCAAAAACUUGUGGACCCUGGACUUGGUGAUGAUUACCCAUUUGACUCUCUGUGUAAGCUGGUUGAGCUUGCCAAUGCUUGUACUCAAGAGGAUCCUCAUCUAAGGCCAAGCAUGAGGUCUAUAGUGGUUGCACUAGUGUCGCUUUCAUCUUCGACUGAGGAUUGGGAUUUUGGUUCUUUCUAUAAAAAUUCCUGCUCUAGUCCAUCUAAUUUCUGGAAGAGGAUGCUCAUGAAGCCUCAUGUUAACUGGCGAUGCAUGGCUUUAAAGGUGACCUCAUGAAGAAAAAGUCGUCUCAACAAUCAUCUGUAAAUUCUGUUUGCGAAGUACCCUAGGAGAUGUGAAAGGUGGAAGAAAUGUAGAUAUUGUGUGGUAGUUUACGUCAAUUUGUUUUCAGUCUCUUAAGAUUUUCUGUGUCACCAUUCAUUGGGAGUGAUUUACCUGGUGUUUGUAUGACUUUGCUUGGCAUAUUAAUUCAUGUUUAGGCAUAGAAAUGUUCCAGCUUC